AGAAAAAGCUUACAAAGUUAAAGAAUUAUAGAGUUAUGGUGCAUAAAAACAUGAACAUAUAAAAUCAUGAAUAUUCUUCCAAAAAAAAAAUGGCAUGUUCGUAAUCAAGACAACAGAGAUCGAGUUCGAAAAGAUGAAGAAAAUGCUCGACUUGAAAAAUUACGAGAGGAAGAAAGAAUUGCGUUAACAUUAGUGGGCUGACUUGUAAAGACUAAAUGUUAGAGAAUGAUAAAAAUAUGUGGUUCUGGCUGUAAAGGCUGAGUAAAGAAGAGCAAGAAGUGCGGAUGAGAUUGUUACGUGGUGCAUCUAAAGAAAGUUCAGGCGAAAGUUCAUCGCAACAUAUUAACUUAUUUGCACAAGAAGAAAUUGAGGGAGGUCUUAGCAAACGAGACAAUGUUGAAUAUUUAAAAGAGAAAAAAGAAGAACAAGAAAAAUAUGAGAAGAGUAUUGGUUUUCUCACAUAUGUUGGACAGUCUUCACUUGAAUUGCAAAAAGACCAGCCAUGGUAUUUAGAAAAAAAAUCUUCAAAAAACCUAGAUCGUAAUUUAAAAGAUGAGUCAAGGAAAUCGCGUUUGGAUCCAAUGAAUAUAGUGAAAGAAAGUAAAAAGAUUUUAAAAAAAGAUCUAGACCAAUCAAAAAAUAAAAAGUCACCGCCUCGCUCAACACAAAACAUUGAUCAACUUCGCAAUGAAAGAUUAAAGCGUGAAAAAAUUGAAAGAGAAAGAGCCAAUCAAUUGCUUGCUGGUAAACUUGAAAAACCAAACAUAGAAACUCCUCAAAGAUAUUCAAGUCAAUUCAACCCACAUUUGGCACGGCAAAACAAACCUCGAUAUCAUCCUUACUAAGGAAUUUUUAAUUGCAAAGAGAUGAAAAUGGUCUAAUAAGGUUUGGAUCAUUGGUGCUUAGGUUGUACUAUCUAUAAUCAAUACAACAAUAGAGAAUCAAUAGUUUGUUAAAUGUGUUGUAAAUAUUUUAAAUGCUUGCCAAUAAAAACAAUUUUGAAUAAAAUAUAUAUGUGACUAAAUGAUUUGUAUCAGAUAAAGUUUGUUAUUUAACAGAAAUUAUUAGAAAUAUACUUUUAUUCUUUAA